AUGCCAAGUACAACGGAGGUCAUAUAUAUGAUCCUGAUUGCUGGUGAAUUUGCUGUAGGGAUUUGGGGAAAUGGAUUCAUUGUCCUGGUUAACUGCAUUGGCUACCUCAAAAGGAGAGAUAUCUCCUUGGUUGACAUCAUCCUAGUCAGCUUGGCCAGCUCCAGAAUAUGUUUCCUGUGUGCAAUAUAUUUAGAUGGCUUUGUUAUGGUGCUCUUUCCAGAUGUAUAUACUGAUGGUGAAUUAAUGAGCAUUUUUGAUAUUUUCUGGACCCUUAGCAAUUUUUCAAGUGCCUGGUUUACUUCUUGCCUCAGCAUCUUCUAUUUACUCAAGAUAGCCAAUAUCUCCCACACACUUUUCCUCUGGCUGAAGCAAAAUGUUAACAAGAUCAUCCUUGGGAUUCUUCUGGGGUCCUUUCUCAUCUCCUUACUUAGUGUUCCAAUGACCUACUGCUACUGGCCUGAUGAUUUCUGGUAUCAGUUUGUGGACAAUAAUGAAGAAAAUUUAACUUUGGAAUUCAAAGUGAGUAAAACCCCAAACCCUUGGCGACAGAUUCUCCUGAACUUGGGGGCUGUAGUCCCCUUUAUUUUAUCCCUGAUAUCCUUUGUAUUGUUACUUUUCUCCUUGUUCAGACACACCACGCAGAUGAAACUUUACGGCACAGGGUCUGGAGACCCCAGCACAGAAGCCCACAUGAGAGCCAUCAAGGCAGUGAUCAUCUUUCUGCUCCUUUUCAUUGUGCACUGUACAGUCUUUCUUGUACUAACCUCUAGCUUUCUGAUUCCUCAGACAAAAUUAGUGGUGAUGUUUGGUGGCGUAAUAACCAUCAUUUUCCCAACAAUCCAUUCAUUCAUCCUGAUAAUGGGAAAUAGCAAGCUGAGGGAAGCUUUUCUGAAGGUCCUAAGUUUUGUAAAGGGUUUCACAAUCCUUUGUUCCAUACCAAGCCCUGGGGAGACUGCUGAAUGA